CGGAGCGCGAGUGAGCCCAGGCGUCGGCGGAGGCCCAGCCUCUUUAGAGCGCUGUAGAGCGCACGCGGGGAGCCUUUCCUAAUCUCAGGGUCCUCUGUAGCUCCCGCCCUAACGACCUUUAAGCGUGGCCGAGGUUAGGGCAGCUUCCGCCGAUGUUCCUGGCUGGGACCAAGGAUCCUUCCCGGAGAGCCAUGAAACCCCCAGGAGGAGAAUCUAGCAAUGUUUUUGGAAGUUUGGGAGAAGCUGUUCCUUCAAAUAGGCCUAAUAGGAUGGCGUCUAAUAUUUUUGGACCAACCGAAGAACCUCAGAACAUACCCAAGAGGACAAAUCCCCCAGGAGGAAAAGGAAGUGGAAUCUUUGAUGAGUCAACUCCUCUGCAGACCCGACAACGUCUGAACCCACCUGGUGGGAAGACUAGUGACAUUUUUGGUUCCCCAGUCACUGCAACUUUACCCCUGGCACACCCAAACAAACCCAAGGACCACACUCUUUUGUGUGAAGGAGAAGACCCAAAAUCAGACCUUAAAGCUGCAACAAGCACCUCGUCACAAGAAGAGCUGGGAACAAAGGGCAGCUCAAGAGAAGUGGACCACACCAAGGAGCUGGAACCCAGGCCCACAGUUGACAACCAUGAGCCCAGGCUGGGGCCACGGCCUCGCUCUCAUAACAAGGUCCUGAACCCACCUGGAGGCAAAUCCAGCCUCUCCUUCUACUGAGAGGCUCCUUAUAGCCAGACCAGAAACUCAAAAUAGGGUAUCAGAUGUUAUCAUCUUUAGCCCAAAAGAAUGGGGUGGGAGGGUUUGUGUGUGUAUGAGGCUGGUUGCUCAGAGCUCUCCUGCGCUCCUGAGAGCUGCACUGGAGUCCACGUCUUCCUGACUGUUGAGGGACACAUCUGUUGGGAAACAAUGGGACUUCCUUGGGGUCUACCCAUUUGUUGUUGCUGAUGGAGCAGGACUCUUAAGAUGAAUGAGGGCGGGGAGACGGUGCAGAGUAGCAGGAGGCUUGGUAGAUUUUCCCUGUCCUUGCACCAGUGUUUUGCUGACUGAGCAUCUUAAAAGCUUUUGAAAGAAAACUUGACAGCCUGUCUGUUUCUGUGGGACACAGGAGUAAGCAUGAGCAGAAACACUAAGGUGGUGGAAGUCUCUGUACACCACCUUUAGAUCCCUUUAGUUACUUGUCACCAAUGUGGCUCACUUCUGAGAUGACUGUUGAACCCCAAUGUCUCAUUUUAUACCCAUUCUAUUGUCCUUCAGUCUUGGUUGCUCUUCCUCUGUAGCAGUCAACAAAACUGAGCAGAUGUCUUCAGUCUGGUGCUGUACAGAAGAUUUUUGUGCCCUGAUCCUCAGAGUUGCCUAGUUCUUUCAUCUGAUUCCCUGGCUAGCUUUCAUGCAGCUGUCUGCCUUUCUCUACAGUGACUUAACUGUGGUCCUUGACAUGCCAAGUUUGUUUGUGUUAUUCCAUUUCUUUCUCCCCCACCACCAGCCUUAAGUCUAGGCCUUUGUUCCUCAAUGAUGGUGUAACGUUCCCUUGACAAGCCACGGUUCUUCCUACAUGUGAGGCCUACUGGCCUCUGCAGGGUUUAAAAUCUACUUCAUUACAUCUGAGCACUGGGCUUAUUCAGACUUUUACUGUGUCUCACUUUGUUCCUGUUUUUUUGGGGGGGAAAAGAUAUGCUUGAGGACCUUGGAUUCUUAGGUUGAUUUCUUUUAUAUAUAUUUUAAAAAGCUGUUUUGUAAGAAUCAGUGUCACAUAAAUGCCUAUGGACUCCAUUUCUGACAACUUCCAGAAAAGUCCCUUGCUUAGGUACACCAAAGAGGAAGAAGAGCUACUUGAGCCACUUUUUAAAAGCUUUGCAGAGGGCCGGGAAUUUAGCUUAGUGGUUCCACCACCUACCUUGCAAGCACAGGACCCAAAUUCAAUCCCAGGUACAAACAAACGCUUUGCAGAAACUCCACGCCAUAUUCAUGAACAUUGCUCCUUAGACCAGGAUGUUUACUUUGGCAGCAGAGUCACAACUGUCAUUCGCUUGUGAAGAUACAGAGCUAGCAAAAGUCAUGUUGCUUCAUUUGUCGGGCAGAGAUAACGCUGGAAGGGCUGCAGCCUCAAUUCCUACUUGCUUUAAGAUGAUAGGAGAGGAUCAGAUGGUGUAGCCACUUCUCUGAAUGCCUACAAAGCUCACACCAGGUGCUAGAAACUUCAUCAUGAUUAAACUUAGGAAAGCAACAGCUCAGUGCAGUUACACUUCCAUUGGCCUACCUGCUUUUAAGUGCCUGCAGUUGUACCAAGUGCCUGCAGUAGUGCCAAGUACUAAGCUCUGCAUAUUGUUCCUGGCACAUUGAGGAGUCAACCAAAGAGUUUCCCCCUUCAGUUGCCCUGCAGACUUUUAGAGCCAAGAGACACAAAUUCCAUGUGAUACCGUAAGAACUCAAAGGGGUUGUUGUGGAUCAGUCAUUUAUGAGAAUGUCAUUUGAAAUUAAGGUAUUAUAUGCUUUUCUUUUUCUUUUUUUUUUUUUUGAGUCCUAAAUAAUGCUUAGCUUUUUAAGUGCAAACACACUAACUUGUGUAACUUCUAAGGAAGUAUUCUAAUAGUAAAAAUGAAUACCAUUUGUGACUGUUUUCUUAACAAGAAAAUGAUCUGUGAAUUCCAAAUUGGGUUGCCAAGACUGUGACAUAAGUAUACUGGCCCAUUAUCCGUCCAGUGCAAGGGAGUCUCCUACUUCCACCCAUUGCCAGGGAUUUCUGGGUGGACAUGGGAAAUGCAACUUACAGCAGUGGCCCCUGGGUAGCAGAGCACCCUGCCUUGCUACUGUGUGCUUGACUUAAGCCCCUCUAAGCUUAUGGCCCGGGCAGUGCACUCAGUGCGAGAACAAGUGACCCUGCACAGGUAAGCCUGGAGGUGUGUUGUCACUUGGAUUAAGAAAAUGCUCUCUGCAUCAAAGAUACAUCCUGUUCUCAGCCUCCCAGCUGCAUUGAGAAAUUACUAAUCUCUGUAUUUUUAUUAAGCCUUAAAACUUUUAAGUGCAUUUGGUGCCAACAUUUUUCUAGAGCUGUAUCAAAGCAAGAAACCCACCCUCACAUCAGUGUAAUUUUGAUAAGAACCUUUUUUAUUUUUACAAGGCAGAAUUGGGUAUAACAGUUGAAUUAAAUUUAGUGACUAUGAA